CACACAUCAAAUCGCUGUCACGCUGUGCUGUCACGUCACUUCCAAUACGCGGGUAAAUACUUUUUCAGUUUGACAAAAACAUUUUCUAUUGAAAAAUAACUAUUUUCCACGCCCUCGAAAAAUUGUAAAAACAUAUAUCCGGUGCAACAACAUUAGUGGCAUAUACGUUUAUAAAUUAUUGAAAACAGCGAAACGUACAAAUUUCUUAGUAGCAAUGGCAAAAGUUCAACUAUGCAAUAUUACGGUUAUGGACAAUCCGAGUCCCUUUUUGAACCCGUUUCAAUUCGAGAUAACGUUCGAAUGCAUCGAAGAGCUCAAAGAAGAUCUAGAAUGGAAAAUGAUCUAUGUGGGUUCAGCAGAAAGCGAAGAAUACGACCAAGUGCUCGAGUCCGUUUUCGUGGGGCCCAUUCCAGAGGGGAAACACAUGUUUGUAUUUCAGGCGGAUCCUCCAAAUGUGAGCCGCAUUCCCGAAAAUGACGCUAUAGGUGUGACAGUUGUACUGCUCACCUGCUCAUAUAGGAACCAAGAAUUCAUACGUGUUGGAUAUUUCAUAAACAAUGAAUAUAGUGAUCCCGAACUUAGAGAAAAUCUGCCUAGUCCGCCACAGUUUGAUAAGGUGAUGAGGAACAUCUUGGCGUCGGAGCCGCGAGUGACCCGUUUCAAGAUCAAUUGGGAAGAGACGACGCCACAAGAACCGAUGGUCCCCGUCAGCGAACAGAACGGCAGCAGCGCCUCUACGUCGGCGUUAGGCCCGCCCGGCGUGUCGGCGGAUUGUGACAGUACGACCGGUACAACUUCAACGGCAGCCGCCACCGCUUCGUCGACUACCACAGUCGACAUGCCAGCGUUCAACGAAAAUUCGAACUCGUGGGCCACGAUGGAGUGUUCGUAGAUGUAGAUGUUUUUCGGAGAGGGCUCUAGUUGUAUUAGCUGACAAUUCGUUGGACGUUCAGUAUACGGUAUAUUUGAAGGAAACGUUCAGAUUACUUAUUGCCAACCUAAAUGUUUCUUCAUCCUUGUUCUGUUCAGAGCUGGAAUUUUGAACUUCGCUCUAUUCGUUCUUGCGGUUUGCGCUUCAAAGUACUUUGAAAUGCAUUUAUCAAUGUUAUAGGUAUUUGUUUUAGUUUUCAGCAGUUUGUUUUUUAUGUAUUUGCUGUUCCUUAUAUCUAGAUGCCCUUUGUCUGUACUGUACAUAACUUUAUGAUAUAUUUUGUAAAAUUUAAGAUCUUUACCAGUUUUAUACGGUUAAAAAUAAACUUUUUGAUAUCAA